AUGCCGUGCAGGGCCAAACCCCGCGGCAACUCAGCCGAGGGGAGUUCUGAGGGCUCCGAAGCUGCCAGCAAUGACAAUGAGGAGGAGGAAACCGCACUCUGCUAUGAGGGACGCUGCCCUACACGCAGUAGUCAGUGCAGGAAUCUGUGGGGUCCACUGUCCCAAGUCAGCGACAAGUACUGUUUCGAGACCCUGAACAAGAACAUCGAGUCAGCCUGUGGGCCGGGCAUCAAGUGCAAACCCGAGUGA